CUAUCUCAAAAAAAAAAAAAAAGAAUUCCCUUAGGCCAGGCAUGCCAGUGUGCCCCUGUAGUCCUAGCAGUUUGGCAGGUGAGGCCAGAGGCCAGAGAGGAUUCCUUGAAGCCAGGAGUUCCAGGCUAUAGUGAACUGUGAUUGUGCUAUUGCUCUUUAGCCUGGGUGACAGACUAAGACUGGCUACCCCCAUCCUUCCAAAAAUGAGUUUCCCUAUGUAGAUGCUUCCUGAUUUUUCAGACUAGUCUGUUAGUUUCUGUUCAGUUUGUCAUCUUUGUGAGAAAAGAAACUCAUAAAUUUGUGUGUACUUGUAGUUACUUCAUCGGGGUCACAGUGAAGCGCACUCUGCCCUCCUUGAGAACAGUAUGUCACCUGCUCUCUUCCCUGUGCCAAGCCCAUAAGGUGCUGUUAGCAAAUAUGUUGGAGAAAUAGACUCACCUACAAGGACUUUUUUCGCCAAACCCCCGCCAGCACAGGCUGCGUCACUUUGCUGGACAGCACCUGCCAUCUGUUGCACACUUGCCAGGCGCUGUGCCGAUUUGACAUGAUGUCGCUUCAGAAAACCUUGUGGGAAGUUGUGAGACCGUUACUGUCCCCAUUUCACAGACACAAAAGUGCAUCCCUUAGACGGAUGCACUGCCUGCUACACUGUGGCCCCCACCUGCUAUUGAUGUUUGCAGCUGUGUUCAUAGACAGGUUCUUCCUUGAGCCCCCCAAUUCCCUAUCUGCUUAACUGAGGGCUUGUCCUGGUUGUAAAUGUCUGAGUGGGGGUGGGCACUGCUGCCUGCAGCUGUCAGGGCUGGGAAUCCUGAACCUUCACUGAGGGGGGUGGGCGGUGGAGAUGCCAGGUAGACACUGGCCUGGCCUCUUGGGAUUUGCUAGGCUGUAACUAAAUGGUAAUGCUUUUCCUUUCACGACAUAUUUGAGUAGUCAGAUCCCCUUCUGUUCACUUCUCCCCACCCAUGCAGCAGUGAUGGAGUCCUGGGAAGUUUCUUCUCAUACAUGUUUGACUCUCAAAUCCGGCUGCAUGUGUAAAAACAGAUGCAGAAAACCCUUUUAUGUCAGAACUCCUUUGUCUUCAGCUUACCCCCUAAAACAAAACUAGACUUUGGCCUCUCAAUCCCAGGGAAAGAAAGGAAGAUUCCAGCUGAAAUACAAAGUUAAUUCUUGACUUAAGUUUACAAGUUCCCCAAGCAGUAAUUUUGUCCCUUGGGCUGUGAUUUUUAUAAGUUGGAAUUCCAGGAUGGGUGUGAGGGCUGAUGCCUGCAAUCCUAGCACUUUGGGAGGCUGAGGCGUGAUUGAUAACUGGAGCCCAGGAGUUGGAGACCAAACCAGGCAACGUGGCAAAAUGCUGUUUUUGCAACCAAACAAAAAAAAUUAGCUGGGCGUGGUAGUUCAUGCCUGUAGUCCCAGCUACGCAGGAGGCUGAAGUAGGAGGAUAACCUGAGCCCAGGGAGAUUGAGGCUGCAGUAAGCCAUGAUCAGUUGCUCCACUGAACUCACGCCUGGGCGUCAGAGAGAGACCCUGUCUGAAAAAAAAAAAUUAGCUGCAGCUCCAAUUUGAGAAGCAAAUUUUUGCAAGGGAAGGGUUUUUAAAGAACCACCACCAUUUUCUCCACCUGAACAUAGGUGGCAGUCACUGCCUUGUCUGUAAUCACAUGAAGCUGAAUGAGAAUAUACGGGGUGUCUGGAAGACAGGACGCUGAAGCAGUACCUGUCACUGCCUGUAGGGUCCCUGCUGAACCAGAAUGGCCUUGGGGUUGCUCUUGCCAAGCUACUCCCUAAGGGGAAGGAGCUGCGCUCUGUCACCUGCUCCCAGACUGGCUGAACCCAGGACUGCUUUACGCUCCUAAAAAGUAUGGAGGACCCCAAAGAGCUUUUGUUCUAUCUAUUGAUAGUCACCAUGUUUGACAUUAAAAAAUGAGUCAUUUAAAUGCUUAAGUGCCUUCUGUUUAAAAUUGUAAACCAGCCGGCCACAGUGGCUUAUGCAUGUAAUCCCAGCACUUUGGGAGGCUCAGGUGGGAGGAUCACCUGAGGUCAGUAGUUCAAGACCAGUCUGACCAACAUAGAGAAACCCCAUCUCUACUAAAAACAAAAAUUAGCUGGGUGUCACCACGCUUGUAAUCCCAGCACUGGGAGGCUGAAGCAGGAGAAUCCCUUGAACCCAGGAGGCAGAGGUUGCAAUGAGCAGAGAUAGCGCCACUCCACUCCAGCGUGGGUGACAGAGUGCAACUCUGUCUCAAAAAAAAGAAAGUAAAACAAGAUUGUAAACCAUUAUAUAUUAACAUAAAUAACAUUCUGUGGAACCUGUUAUCAAAGACCAAAACAGUCUAAUGAGAAAGAUGUCAUUGUUUUGUUUUUGCAAAUCUCUUUGGCUUAACUGACAGCUGCUGGAUUCACAUAUGUCCUUCGGAAUUCAAACUUAGUAUCAUCAUUCAGUGUCUGGAAUGCUCUAGCAUAUACUCAGAGUGGCUGUGGAAACGGCACAGAAUGUCAGUGUUGUGCAGACUGCUUUGAUCCUGGGGGCCUCCCAGAAGGACCCCGGGACCACCCUUUGAGAACUGCUGCUCUAAGAGUUGUCAAAUAGUUGGCUCUAAACACUUGGAGAAAUCAAUUGCUUUUAGGAAGAUAAGCUGCGUCUUGGAAGUUUUUAGUGGCGCAGCCAUGUGCUUGCCACUUGGGGAAAGUGUGGAACCGGUCUGAUUUGCUGUCACCGGUAAAGCUGUUCCAGUGCACCCCUCUCUCAGAGUGCCCUGCACAGCCCUUUGCUGAGUACUUAGCAACUCUUGCUGCAGUGAAAAUCAGGGAUUGUGGGGGCGGAGGCGGGGGAGGCAAGAGUAGGCGGUGUUUGGGGCUGUGGAAUUAUACAGGUCUCUAAGGGUGUGGACCGAGGAGAACAUAAUCAGACAGUGAUUGAUGGAGGGGAAGUAGCCCCCACAGUACUGUGCAGGGGUGACCUGGCCUUUCCAUGAAGGGCUGUCCUCCUGCAGCGCACCACACCUCUCAUGGUCCCCAGGGAGCUCACAUUGCCACAUGUGGCAGGAGGUGGAAUUCUUCAUGGGGACAAGAACCUGUGCAUCAUGGUCCUCACCAAGACCCAAGUGGUAACCUGUUAUAUUAAGAGUAACGGGAAUCCUGGUGUGUAGAAUUGGGGCCACCUCUUAGUGUUUGAAACCAUAUUUUCUUUUUUUACUGAGAGACAAGAGGAGCCCAUCAAAGGUAGCAGUUUAGGAGACUUAUGUCCAACCAUUAAAUAGAGAACAAUAAACACCUCACUUCUCCUGAGUAAAUGAAUGUAUGUGACUGUUUCUGGUUCCUGGCUUCCAUUUGGAGAGCUGAGAUUUCCUGUCUGAGUUGCCCACCAAGGUCAUAAGGCUAUGAUUUGCACUAGCAGUUGGAUAGAGGGAAAUGGCAGGACUAUUGCAAGCUCACACCAGGGAGCUUGGCAGCCUGGCUAUAGCCGGGAAUGGCCAAGGCCUUAGUCCUCAGCAGGUUUUUCAGUAACAAGUUUUGUUUUUUGUCUCUGCGUACCUAUAAAACACAAAUACCUAAGAAACUUAAAACAGCAAUAGGUUGUUUCUGGAUUUUUCUAUUUUUUUGCUUGUGAGAAACUUACUGUGUUGUGGUGCCCUCGAUUCAUCACAAUAAUUAAUUAAUGAAUUAAUUUUGGAGAGACAGAGUUUCUGCUCUUGUUGCCCAGGCUGGAGUGCAGUGGCACAAUCUCAGCGUACUGCAAUCUCUGCCUCAUGGGUUUAAGUGAGUUUCUUGCCUCAGUCUCUCAAGUAGCUGGGAUUACAGGCACCACCACCACACCUGGCUAAUUUUUGUGUUUUUAGUAGAAAUGGGGUUUCACCAUGUUGGCCAGGCCUCACUGUGCCUCACGCCUGUGAUCCCAGCAUUUUGGGAGGCCAAGGCGGGCCGAUCAUGAGAUUAGGAGAUCAAAACCAUCCUGGCCAAGAUGGUGAGACUCUGUCUCUACUAAAAAUACAAAAAUGAUCUGGGUGUGGUAGCACAUGCUUGUAGUCCCAGCUGCUUGGGAGACUGAGGCAGGAAAAUUGCUUGAGCCCAGGAGGUAGAGGUUGCAGUGAGCUGAGAUCAUGCACUCCACCCUGGCGACAGAGUGGGACUUUGUCUCAAAAAAAAUAAAAAAUAAUGGCAGUGUUACUUGGUAAGCAGCAAAACUUUGAAUUUGCCAUCUGAAGGAUUUAAAUAUAAUCUAUGCAAUUGAGUUCGAUUCUCUGCAGAUACUAAAAUAAAUGAAAGUUGGGUAUCUAGUUUGCUUGUGGGCCCCAACUCUCUGUCCCUGUUUGGAGCACAGUGCUUCCUGCUGCAAGCUGGUGGGCUUCUGAGUGGGCCCUCAUGGGCUGUUGCUGGUGACUGGAGAUUAGUUACUGAGAAAUUAGUCUCCAGUUUUUGGAACUAAAAAUCUUUAGGUGGGGGCUGGGCUGCUGCUGGUGGCUGGAGAAUGGGUUGUAUUUGGGGAUGUCAUCUGAAGUUUCUAGGCAUAUUCUCCUAGUGACAUCCGUUAAUGAAAGCUGAGCUAUGAACGAGUUUUUGACUGAGUGAUCUUUUCUUCGUUUAUGGUAAAGAACUCUUAGCUAGCAUCUUCUCAGUUCCUUUCACCUGCAUAGCAGAUUGAUGAGCUAGAAGACCCUGAAUAGGCAAAAUAUUAACAAAUGUAAACUUUGGCCUACCCUGUCAGAAUUAACAAAAAUAGUGAAGUUUAAAAUAGCAAGGCUUUUUGUAGCAUUAUAAUUUCUGAAAGGCAGAUUAAAAUUGUUAGUUUUGAAUAUUGUUUCAGGGGAGUGGGAGGUUUGAAGAAACAGAAUGUUUUGCCACCAGGAGAGGUGAAAUAUGCAUUUAUGUGUUAUCUUUCUGCUCAGAAGUCAGAGCUCCUUUCCUGGAGGUGCCAUGUUAUGAAAAUAGAAACUUAAUUAUGGUCAUAUGUCAAAUUUUAAAGUGUCUUUGUUACUGAGAAAUUAGUCUCCAGUUUUUGGAACUAAAAAUCUCUAGGUGGGGGCUGGGCACCGUGACUCACACCUAUGGUGUACCAGCUACUCGGGAGGCUGAGGCACAGAAGGAUUGUUUGAACUUAAGAGGUGGAGGCUGCAGUGAGCCCUGAUCAUGCAACUGCACCCCACCCUGGAAGUGAGCACACUUGAGUUACUUACAUCAAGCAGAUUUUAGAGUAGUCAAAGUUGAGCAUAUAGAUUUGCAGUGGUUGCAGACCCAUGUGUUUAUAAUAGUUGUAGUUGGGCUUUUUAAAGUAACACGUAGCUAACCUUUUGAAAGGAUAUUUUAUUUGUUUUUUAAGAAAUUUCGCUUCUGACUGCUUACUGUUUUGAUGAGUUCAGGAUCUGAGGGAAGAUUGACAGGUGGUUCUAGAAUACUUCUGGAAGGAAGGAAAUGUUGAGUCUCUCAUGUCUGAAGCAUAGGUCUGUAUUAUUGCUCUGCACAUAUCCUAUGUACUCAGAAAACUGGUAGAAAUGGCGAGUUGCCACAGUUCUCUGUUCCAUAGAUCCGUAGGGGGUGGUCCUUGAAGCCUUUUCUGGGGCUAAGCGGUAAAAACUGUUUCUACAGUAAUAAUAAUCUAAUAGUACAGGCCUUUUCUGUUGAGUUUGACAUUUGUGCCAGUGGCACAGGGUAGAUUGGAGCCGCCCCCGCACACCUCCCAGCACCAUGCAUGAGCACUGACUGUUUAGAAAUGCUGAUUUUUCCCAAAGAAUGUCCCUGGUGACACAGUAAGUAUUAAUUUUAUUUAUUCUCAACCCCCAAACAUACAUCUUUACUAUCCCUGUGAUUAAAUGUCAAGUUACAUAUAAAAAGCUUCUGCUGGCCAGGCAUGGUGGAUCACGAGGUCAAGAGAUCGAGACCAUCCUGGUCAACAAGGUGAAACCCCAUCUCUACUAAAAAUACAAAAAUUAGCUGGACAUGGUGGCACAUGCCUGUAGUCCAAGCUACUUGGGAGGCUGAGGCAGGAGAAUUGCUUGAACCCAGGAGGCGGAGGUUGCGGUGAGCCAAGAUCGUGCCAUUGUACUCCAGCCUGGGUAACAAGAGCGAAACUCUGUCAAAAAAAAAAAAAAGAAAGCUUCUGCUGUGUCCGCUUGUGGGUGCUGUCUCCACGUACAGCCCUAGGGGUUUGAGCUGGGAGCUGAGUGGUCUCCAGGAACGCUCACUGUCCCUGACAGAACAACAGACGGAAGACAGUUUUCAGACUCACCAUGUGGCAGGCAUUUGGUCCAAAGUGAAUGAUAUCUCUGAGAAGGAACAGUAUUUGUUGCUAAGGAUAAAAUUUGAGCUUUGGGGUGAAAAUUGGAAUUUUGGAAAACUUGUAUCAGUGAGCCUUGAUUGUGCCACUGCACUCCAGCCUGAGUAGCAGAAAAAAACAAUGUGUUUGUUUGAUGCUGUCUGAUGAGAUGUGUGGACAUUGAGAAUCUCUGUCUCAAACUUGGACUCAUGUCAUUCAGGUGACCAGCAUGCACACAGGUUCAGAGUGCAGCACAGCAGUCGGUUUUAAUGGAAGAAAGUGAGAAAUGCAUUGACAAAGGCUUCAAAUUCUGUUUUCAGCUAACUUUUAUGAAAACUGCUGCUUGGCGAGAAUAGGUGUUGUGAGCAUCCACAGUUAUGUGAAGAUGGUUACAGUAUUCCCAUUUUUAAUGACCUGUCUGUGUGAGGCAGGAUUUUUACGAUAUGUUUUAGCUGAAACACUCUGGGAGCAGGUUGAAUGCAGAAGGAGACAUGAAUGGAGCUGUCUUCUAUGUUAAGCUAGAGAUUUGCAGAAAUGUACAGCAGGGCCACUCUUUGUGUUCAUUUUUGUUUGUUUUAGAAGUAACUUUUUUUCAUUAAAGAUACUAUUAAUGUAUUAAUUUAUUUUUUUGUAUUAAUUUAUUUUUAAUACACAUUUAGAAUUUGAAAAUAGCAAAAUAUUCCACAUAAACAGAAGCUCUGGUUUUCUCAACUUGAGAGUAAGGGCGUCUUGAGAUCUAAAGGUUAGAGAGCAGCUGUUGAAGAAUUUGGAAGUGUGUGUGUCCCGGGCUCGAAUCGUUGAUUGCUCUUCAGCGCCUUCUAAUUAAUAGGAAGUGAAGCAGUCUUCGGCUGAGAAAAAGAAGAUAAUAUUAAAUUCACUGCAUUCUGUUUUCACCCAGUUUCAAGGAUACCUGCAUUUUUCCCUCUGGGGAAAGGUUGUGACUGAUACAAUGUGGUUGCAUUUUCAUGAGCGCGUUCCCCCUGCCGUGCUGUGCCGUAUGCAGAGUUACACCCUAAUUCCACACACAAAAAAGUUGUGUAGAAACUUAAAACAGUUUUUUUGCUUGGGCCUUGAUAUGUAUGUUUUUAUUUUACAAGCUAACUAAAAUGUUGUAGUACAUUUUCUGUGUUGAAGACAUCGUAAAGUCAGUUUUGUAAAUAUACAGUGCUCUGAUCUUUCUGAAGGUGCGUCCUUCAUUGUAUUCUGCUUAACAGAAAUAACUUCAUUUUUCUGAUUACUCAGAAUUCAAGUAGCAUGAUUACUUUGCAGAUGAACAUAAAUUGAAUUUUUGAAAAUCGGUUUUCAUUCCUAAGAACAUUUUAAUUUCUUCAUUUUAUAAAUGUUCGGUGUUGCUGGGCAUAGUGGCUCGUGCCUGUAAUCUCGGCAACUCUGGAGGGUAAGUCAGGAGGAUUGCUUGAAGCUGAGAGUUCAAGACCAGCCUAGACAACAUAGCAAGGCCCUGUCUCUAAAAGAAAUGUUUUAAAAAAUUAGCUGUGCAUCGUGGCACAUAUCUGCAGUUGCAGUUGCUCAUAAGGCUGAGUCAGGAGGAUCACUUGAGCCCAGGAGUUUGAGAUGUAGUGAGCCAUGAUUGGACCAUUGCAUUCCAGCCUGGGCAACAAAGCAAGACACCAACUCUUUGCAAAGGAAAAUAAAUUAAAUGCUCGGUGUUGUGAAAUAUCAAAGUUUAUUUCCAGUGUUUUCUGAGCAGUAGUUUUUGAACUCUUGAAGUAGUCAUUUUGAGGCGAGGUUUACCACGUUGAAGAGAUAGUGACUGUGAAGAUGCCAUUUGGCUUAUCAGAGGGAAUGCUGAAGUCUGAGUGAUCACUAUCUUAUUUUUAUUUCUUGCAGAGAUAGGGUCUCACCAUGUUGCCUGGGCUUAUCCUCCCAAGCAGCUGGGAUCACAGAUGCAAAGCACUGCGCCCAGCUUCCACUGUCCCUUUAAAAGGAGGGGAGUUGGAAUGCCUGUCCCUUUGUUCUGGAGUUGCCAGGGAAACCACAGAGGGAAGGCAGUCUUGAGGCUGAGGACUAGGUGAGAGCAGGAGCUCAGCUUGGGAAAGUGGGCUUUGGGGCAAAGGACCUAGCUAGAAACCAGACCUUUGAGUGUUCUGAUGUGACUACUUGAAAGAGGAUAUGGAAGUGUUUUUUAAAUACGGUAAACUGUGUCCUGUUGAUUUUAGAGCUUUCUCCAUGGGAGCAGCCUCUAGGUAAUCUGAAUUGUUGAAAAUACGAAGCCUGUUACUUGUGAACAGUGGCUGACGACUGGUGUUGUGAGCCUGGCUGUCUACUUGGACCAGGAGGUUUCAUCUGCCAGGGUUUUUUUCUUGUAUUUAGGAUUUCAGGGAAGUGUCAAGCUUUCAGUGUUAGAAAAGGUAUGGAUGACAAAGGUGACCCGAGCAAUGAGGAGGCCCCUAAGGCCAUUAAGCCCACUAGCAAGGAGUUCAGGAAAACAUGGGGCUUUCGAAGGACCACUAUUGCCAAGCGAGAGGGAGCAGGGGACGUGGAGGCUGACCCACUGGAGCUGCCACCCCCGCAGCAGCAGCUGGGCCUGUCCCUGCGCCGCAGUGGGAGGCAGCCGAAGCGCACCGAGCGUGUGGAGCAGUUCCUGACGAUUGCGCGGCGCCGCGGCAGGAGGAGCACACCUGUCUCCCUGGAGGAUUCUGGUGAGCCCACGUCCUGCCCUGCCACAGAUGCUGAAACUGCCUCUGAGGGCAGCGUGGAAAGUGCUUCUGAGAGCAGAAGCGGCUCCCAGUCAGCUUCCACAGCUGUGACAGACAAGGCCUCUUCCGAAAAGGCGAAAGGAGGGGAUGACACCUCUGAUAGUGACAGUGAUGGCCUGACCUUGAAAGAACUUCAGAAUCGCCUUCGCAGGAAGCGGGAACAGGAGCCCACCGAGAGACCCCUGAAAGGGAUCCAGAGUCGCCUGCGGAAGAAGCGCCGGGAAGAGGGCCCUGCUGCGACUGUGGGCUCUGAGGCCAGUGAUGCUGUAGAGGGCGUCCUGCCCAGUAAGCAGGAGCCCGAGAAUGAUGAGGGGGUUGCGUCCCAGGCUGGGAAAGUCGACAGAGAGACUAAGUUGGAGGGAAAGGCGGCUCAGGGCAUCAAAGAUGAGGAGCCUGCAGACACGGGCAGACCAAAGCCUGAAUGUGAGGGCUAUGACCCCAACGCCCUGUAUUGCAUUUGCCGCCAGCCUCACAACAACAGAUUUAUGAUUUGCUGUGACCGAUGUGAAGAAUGGUUUCAUGGCGAUUGUGUAGGCAUUUCUGAGACUCGAGGGAGGCUUUUGGAAAGGAAUGGGGAAGACUACAUCUGCCCAAAUUGCACCAUUCUGCAAGUACAGGAUGAGACAAAUUCAGAAACCACAGACCAGCAGGAAACCAAAUUCAGACCUGGAGAUGCUGAUGGCACAGACUGUACAAGUAUAGGAACAAUCGAGCAAAAGUGUAGCGAAGACCAGGGGAUAAAGGGUAGAAUUGAGAAAGCUGCAAAUCCGAGCGGCAAGAAGAAACUCAAGAUCUUCCAGCCUGUGAUAGAGGCACCUGGUGCCUCGAAAUGUAUCGGCCCCGGGUGCUGUCACGUGGCGCAGCCAGACUCUGUGUACUGCAGUAAUGACUGUAUCCUCAAACACGCCGCGGCCACAAUGAAGUUCCUUAGCUCAGGUAAAGAUCAGAAGCCGAAACCUAAAGAAAAGAUGAAGAUGAAGGCAGAAAAGCCCAGUCUCCCGAAAUGUAUCGUUCAGGCAGGCAUUAAAAUCUCUUCUGUGCACAAGAGACCAGCUCCAGAAAAAAAAGAGACCACCGUGAAGAAGGCAAUGGUGGCCCCUGCUCGGAGCGAAGCACUCGGGAAAGAAGCGGCUUGUGAAAGCAGCACACCGUCGUGGGCGAGCGAUCACAAUUACAAUGCAGUCAAGCCAGAAAAGACUGCUGCUCCCUCGCCAUCACUGUUGUAUAAAUCGCCUAUGUUCUCCUUUAUAGCCACCAAGGAAGACAGGAGGUCCGAGGAGAGAGCGGCAGCCACAGCAACCUCCAAGAAAACAGCCCCUCCGGGCUCCGCGCCGGGCAAGCAGCCUGCGCCUAGAAAUCCCGUGCCAAAGAAGCCUUCUUUUGCUAAUGUGGCAGCGGCCAAACCAGCCAUUAAAAAGUCACCCUCAGGCUUCAAAGGCACCAUCCCCAAGAGGUCAUGGCUGUCAACUGCCCCAUCAAGUGGUGUUUCCGCUGCCAGGCAGGCAGGACCGGCACCUGCAGUGGCGACGGCAGCCUCCAAAAAGUUCCCCGGCUCUGCUGCUCCAGUGGGAGCCGCAAGGAAGCUGGUGGCACCUUCUGUUCCCACCGCCUCGCCAGCCCCAGGACGCCUUGGGGCCAUCGGCGCUGCACCGUCGCAGCCAAAUUCACAAAUUCGGCAGAAUAUCAGACGCUCCUUAAAAGAGAUUUUGUGGAAAAGAGUCAAUGACAGCGAUGACUUAAUCAUGACAGAAAACGAAGUAGGGAAAAUUGCUCUCCAUAUCGAGAAGGAGAUGUUCAACCUGUUUCAUGUCACGGACAGUCGCUACAAGAGUAAAUACCGAAGCAUCAUGUUCAACUUGAAGGACCCUAAAAACCAGGGACUUUUCCAUCGUGUUCUGCGGGAGGAAAUCUCUUUGGCGAAACUUGUGAGAAUGAAGCCUGAAGAGCUUGUAUCUAAAGAGCUUUCCACGUGGAAAGAGAAGCCAACGAGAUCUGUGAUGGAGCCCAGGACUAAAGUGCACAGUGAAAGUAAGAAGGCGGCCGCCAGGCAGGAGGUCAUCCCUGACAUGGAGGACUCUCCGCCAGUGUCGGAUUCUGAGGAACAGCAGGAGUCAGCACGUGCUGUCCCUGAGAAGAGCGCAGUGCCCCUCCUCGAUGUCUUCAGCAGCAUGUUGAAAGACACCACCAGUCAGCACCGUGCACACCUCUUCGAUCUCAACUGCAAAAUCUGUACAGGCCAGGUUUCCUCCGCAGAAGAUGAGCCAGCUACAAAAAAACCAAAAUUGUCAGCUCCUGUUAAGAAAGAAGACUUAAAACCCAAGCAUGAGAGCUCUGCACCUGACCCUGCUCCUGAUUCAGCUGAUGAGGUGAUACCCGAGGUGCUGCCUGAAGUUGCCCCUGAGCCAGGCCUGGAAAGUGCUUCUCAUCCAAACGUGGACAGAACCUAUUUCCCUGGGCCUCCAGCAGAUAGCCAUCCUGAGCCCUCCCCACCGGAAGACCUGUCCCCCUGCCCAGCCUUCUGUGGGAGCGGGGUGGUCACCACUGUCACAGUGUCCGGCCGGGAUCCCAGGACUGCUCCAAGUAGUUCCUGCACAACCGUGACCUCUGCAGCAAGCCGCCCAGACAGCACCCACGUGGUGGAAAGCAGACAAGAUGUGGCGAAGCCUGCCUUGGCCUCCGUGAUGCUGCCCAAGUCCAUACUGGCUAAGCCGUCUCCAUCCCCUGACCCAAGGUACUUGUCAGUUCCUCCAUCACCAAAUACCAGCGCAUCAGAAUCACGGUCCCCUCCAGAGGGAGACACGACCCUCUUUUUGUCUCGACUCAGCACCAUCUGGAAAGGAUUUAUUAACAUGCAGAGUGUGGCAAAAUUUGUCACUAAGGCGUAUCCCGUCUCUGGGUGUUUUGACUACCUCAGUGAGGAUUUGCCUGACACAAUUCACAUUGGUGGGAGGAUCGCACCGAAGACAGUUUGGGAUUAUGUUGGCAAGCUCAAGUCUUCUGUGUCUAAGGAGCUCUGUCUGAUUCGCUUCCACCCCGCGACAGAGGAAGAGGAAGUCGCCUAUAUCUCUCUCUACUCCUAUUUUAGCAGCCGUGGCCGCUUUGGCGUUGUAGCUAAUAACAACAGGCACGUCAAGGACCUCUAUCUGAUCCCGCUGAGCGCCCAGGACCCUGUUCCAUCCAAACUCUUGCCCUUUGAGGGACCAGGUCUUGAGUCACCACGUCCGAAUAUAAUUCUUGGGUUAGUAAUCUGCCAGAAGAUAAAAUGCCCUACAGGCACUGGAGAGUUAGACAAGAUGGAGGAAAAGCGGACCCGACUUCAGCAAGAAGAAGCGGACGUUCCGGCCUAUCCGAAAGCAACCGUGGCCCCGCAGUCAGACAGAAAGCCCUCCAAGUAUCCGCUGUACGCUGCAGACGUGGCUGUCAGCACCACACCCCCCGGAUCACCUCCGCCGCCGCCCCCACUUCCAGAACCUCCGGUGCUAAAAGUGCUGUCAUCCCUCAAGCCUGCAGCCACCAGCCCAGCCACAGCCGUCACGACAUCAGCAGCAGCUACCACGGCAGCUUCCUCCGCCAAUUCGUCUGCUUCAAAAACAGCAUCUCCACUGGAGCACAUCCUGCAGACUCUCUUUGGAAAAAAGAAGUCAUUUGACCCCUCUGCCAGAGAGCCUGCUGGGUCCACUGCAGGCCUCCACCAGGACCCCAAAACCACAGCAGAGGAUGGGGUGCCCGCGCCUCCCCUGUUAGAUCCGAUCGUCCAGCAGUUCGGUCAGUUCUCAAAAGAUAAGGCUCCAGAGGAAGAGGAGGACGACAGGCCCUACGACCCUGAGGAGGAGUACGACCCGGAGAGAGCCUUUGACACUCAGCCUGUGGAGCGAGGGCGGCGCCCCGAGGUGGAGAGGGCUCCUGAAGCCACUGCAGCCGAGCGGGAAGAGGUGGCCUACGACCCUGAGGAUGAGACCAUCUUAGAAGAAGCGAAAGUGACUGUCGAUGACUUGCCCAACAGGAUGUGUGCGGACGUGAGAAGGAACUCUACGGAGAGGCCUGCUGAGCAGGUGGCCGGGGCUGCCACGCCCUCCUUGGUGGAGCAACAGAAGAUGCUAGAAGAGCUGAACAAACAGAUUGAGGAGCAGAAGAGACAGCUGGAGGAGCAGGAAGAAGCUCUGAGACAGCAGAGGGCCGCUGUCGGGGUCUCCAUGGCCCACUUCUCGGUGUCGGACGCCUUGAUGUCACCACCACCAAAGUCGUCCUUGCCCAAGGCGGAGCUGUUCCAGCAAGAGCAGCAGCCCGCAGACAAGCCCGCCUCGCUGCCCGCUGCCAACCAGGCGGCGAACCAGAGAGAUCCCCGGCAGGCAAGGCGCCUGGCCACCGAGAGUGGUGAGGGGGAGGGGGACCCUCUCUCCAGGCUCUCGGCAUGGGGCGCCCAGGGCACCCUGCCCACGAGAGAUGCUUCCAGGGGCACCGUUGUGGGCCAGACACUCACGCCGGUCCCAGAGGAAAAGGAGCUGGCCUCUUCCCCCUGGGCUUCGGGCGAAAAGCUCCCAGCAGGGCCUGAGCAGGACAGCUGGAAGGCAGAGCCUGGGGAAGGUGCCCGCCCUGUCAUGGCUGGAGACGGCUCUGCCCGGCCUGCCCGGAGGGUCCUGCUACCCACACCGCCCUGCGGCGCCCUGCAGCCUGGCUUCCCCUUGCAGCAUGAUGGUGAGAGGGACCCUUUCUCCAGCCCGGGAUUCGUGGCACAGGACAAGGCUCUCGGCUCCACCCAGUAUGAGGACCCAAGAAAUCUCCAUUCUGCUGGAAGGAGCAGUAGCCCUGCAGGUGAAGCAGAGGGGGAUAGAGAGCCACAGGCCAGACCAGGCGAGGGCACCACCCCGCUCCCCCUGCCAGGACAGAAUGUGGGGUGCUCUCAGCCCCAGUUUCAGGGUCAGCGUGAACCUGGACCUCACGCUUUGGGGAUGUCAGGGCUUCAUGGCCCCAAUUUCCCAGGACCAAGGGGGCCAGCCCCUCCAUUUCCAGAAGAGAACAUUGCUUCUAACGAUGGGCCACGAGGGCCUCCGCCAGCCAGAUUUGGAGCCCAGAAGGGACCCAUCCCUUCCUUAUUCUUGGGGCAACACGGGCCACCUCCUUACGGGGACGGCAGAGGCCCCUCACCCUCUUACAUUGGUGGACCACGGGGAGUGGCACCAUCCCAGUUUGAAGAACGCAAGGAUCCCCACGGGGAGAAGAGGGAGUUCCAGGACACCCCGUAUAACGAGGUGACUGGAACCCCCGCCCAGUUUGAAGGGACAGAGCAAGCCCCGUUCCUGGGGAGCAGAGGUGGCCCGCCUUUCCAGUUUGGAGGCCAGAGAAGGCCGCUGCUGUCUCAGCUGAAAGGGCCCCGGGGCGGCCCCCCUCCCUCUCAGUUUGGAGGUCAGAGAGGACCACCCCCUGGCCAUUUUGUGGGCCCAAGAGGGCCGCAUCCUAGUCAGUUUGAAACUGCCCGGGGCCCUCAUCCCAGCCAGUUUGAAGGACCCAGAGGCCAAGCGCCCAACUUGAUGCCAGGCCCCAGGGGCAUCCAGCCUCAGCAGUUUGAAGAUCAGAGGGUCCAUUCCCCACCAAGAUUCACAAACCAGAGGGCGCCGGCACCUAUGCAGUUUGGUGGACCACGGGGGUCUGCACCCUUUCCUGAGAAGAACGAGCAGACCCCUUCGCGAUUUCACUUCCCGGGCCAGGCCCCGCAGGUGCAGGUGAUGAAGCCGGGGCCCAGGCCCCUGCUGGAGCUUCCCAGUCACCCCCCGCAGCACCGUAAGGACCGGUGGGAGGAGGCCGGUGCGCCCCCCGCCCUCUCUUCCAGUGCGCCCGGACAGGGCCCCGAGGCCGACGGACAGUGGGCACCGCCCGACUUCCGAGAAGGCAAAGGCCACGAGUACAGAAACCAGACUUUUGAAGGGAGACAGAGAGAGCGAUUUGACACAGGGCCCAAAGAGAAGCCGCUGGAGGACCUCGACGGCCAGGGCCGGGCCGGCGAGGACAGGCGGAGAGAGCGCGAGCGCAGCCGAAACUGGAGCCGAGAGCGGGACUGGGACCGGGCCCGGGACUGGGACAGACACCGGGACAAAGACUCCGGUCGGGACUGGGACAGAAACAGGGAGCGGAGCGCCAACCGCGACCGAGAGCGCGAGGCCGACCGGGGAAAGGAGUGGGACCGCAGCCGGGAGCGCAGCAGGAACCGAGAGCGCGAGCGCGAACGGAGGCGCGACCGGGACCGGUCCCGGAGCCGAGAGCGAGAGCGGGACCGAGACAGAGACCGGGCUCGGGACCGGGAGCGCGGCCGAGAUCGCAAGGACCGGAGCAAGAGCAAGGAGAGCGCGCGGGACGCGAAGCCCGAGGCCUCGAGGGCCUCGGACGCGGGCACAGCCUCGCAGACCUAGAGGCUAUGAGACCGGCCAGACCCUUUUUAAAACCAGUCUCAUAAAAUGCGUUGAACAAAUAGCUUUUGAAAUAGCCACGAUCUUAGAUUCAGGAUAGAAUACCCUGGACUUGAAAAUUACUGUAAUUUUGUGUAAAUGGUUUCUUACAAGAUUUCACAUCUUUACAAUUCUGAUGCUUUUAAAAAAAAAAAAACAAAACAAACAAAAAAAAAACUUUGAUAUUUCCAUUCAAAAUUAAAGAAAUGGGAAAUUGUCUACAAAAGCAUAUUGCUUUUUCAGAUCAGAGGUGAUCUUUUCCAGUAACUUAACUACUGUAAAUUUUAGGGGGAUUUCACUGGACCCUAGAGCCAUACCUUUACAACACCUUAUCUGUCUGUUUCCAAAAGCCGUUUUACAGGUCUUUAGCCUCUGUCCCGGCAUCCGGUUUGGGUGGGAGCUGCAGGCGUCAGGAGACGUUACUUGCCUGUAUCUGGAGCGUUGAGAAACACAAACCUUACAAAUGCAUCUUUCUUUUGUCAUAAAAUUUGAAUUACAAUUUUCAACUGGGAAACGAAAACACAUUUCUUAGUGUGCUCAGCUUUUAUAUAUCACCUUAUCCAUUUUUCAAAACAUGAUUUAAAGCGACAUCUGUCCUGGUAUAAAUUGUUGCAUUUUAAAUAACAAUUUAUUGAAAAAUGUUUAAGUUUUACCAGCCUAAAAAAAAAGGUAACAAACCAAUUAAAUGUACUUUGGGGGCGGGGAGGAGUCCUUGAUUUGAAUAAUCAGGAACGUUUUGUGCAUCCAGUUUCACCUGAGCAGUUCUUCCUGUAUCCUGGGAAAAGUACACUCAGCUCCAAACUGGUUAUUUAUCAGACGAUACAUUUAAAAUUUGUCCAUGAAAGCGGAACAAUACUUCUAUAAAGUCUGAUGGGAAAUAGUGAUUAUUAGUUCAAGAACUGCCAAUGAGAUAGGAAGCUGUUCAUUGUGAAACAGUCUCUUGCUUGUCAAGUAUUUUUCGAGUACUUCUGAAGUGUGAAGUAGAAAACAUCUGGCUAACUUAUUUGUACAAAUACACUUUGAUAGUUUUUAUAUUUUCAUAAACUUCCUUUUACAGAUAUGAAAUUAAAGAACCUCACUGUGCUUUGGAGUCUGUUAUUCCAUUGUACGUCACUACAGAUUUUUCACUAUAGUGCAGAUUUUUUAAGUUAAGAAAACAUGGAGAAUGUAUCAGCUUGAGAUGUUUGGUGUUAAAAGCCAAGUGUCCGUAGGUUAAAUUAUAUUAAAGUAGAUGUCAGGUUCCAACAUCUAGCAUGAUGUGAAGGGGUUUUUUUUGUUUGUUUAACAUAUGAAGCAAAUUUUUCUAAUUUAAACACACAAAUGUAAAAAUCAAGUGUUUCUUUAGGUUUACUCGAUAGAGAUUUCUGUAAAUUGUAUUUUAUAUUGCAGAGGCUGAUAUCACUGUACAUGAGAACAUGCAGCUUCACAGGUUUUGUUACUUGCAGUAGAAUAAACAGCCACAGGAA